CCUUCAACUCCGCGGGGCAGGAGGAGUUAGUUAGCAAAGAGCCGAGGCUGGGCGCGCGACCUUCGUCCUUCUGCCCCUGGCCGCACGCUUUGCGCACAUCUCUUUUCUGCAUGGUGGAUAUUAUUUUUCAUUAUCCUUUUCUGGGUACUAUGGGGGAUCAUUCCAAGAAGAAGCCCGGGACGGCCAUGUGCGUGGGCUGCGGGAGUCAGAUCCACGACCAGUUUAUCCUGCGGGUGUCGCCCGACCUCGAGUGGCACGCAGCCUGCCUCAAUGAAACGAAAUCGGGUCUUAGAGGACUCGGCCGCCGCGAGGCGGGCGCGGGGAGGGUGGGUGGCGGCCCCUCGCACACCUCUGGCUCCCUUGCAGACCCGGGGUCCGGCCGGCAGCCCUCGCUGCGCCCGCAUGUGCACAAACAGACGGAGAAGACAACCCGCGUGCGGACCGUGCUCAACGAGAAGCAGCUGCACACUCUGCGGACGUGCUACGCCGCCAACCCACGGCCCGACGCGCUCAUGAAGGAGCAGCUGGUGGAGAUGACCGGCCUGAGCCCGCGAGUCAUCCGAGUCUGGUUCCAGAACAAGCGUUGCAAGGAUAAGAAGAAAUCCAUCCUUAUGAAGCAGCUGCAGCAGCAGCAGCACAACGAUAAGACGAGCCUCCAGGGACUGACCGGGACGCCCCUGGUUGCGGGCAGCCCCAUCCGCCACGAGAGCGCGGUGCAGGGCAGCGCUGUCGAGGUGCAGACGUACCAACCGCCCUGGAAAGCGCUCAGCGAGUUCGCCCUCCAGAGUGACCUGGACCAACCCGCCUUCCAGCAGCUGGUCUCCUUCUCCGAGUCUGGCUCCCUAGGCAACUCCUCCGGCAGCGACGUGACCUCCCUGUCAUCGCAGCUCCCGGACACCCCCAACAGCAUGGUGCCGAGUCCCGUGGAAACGUGAGGGGGACCCUUCCCCGCCAGCCCGCGGACCUCGCAUGCUCCCUGCAUGAGACUCACCCAUGCUCAGGCCAUUCCAGCUCCGAAAACUCUCUCGCCUUUGUAAUUAUUAUUAUUUAAAGAGAGAGGACUGAGAGAAGCGGCUGGGACAGCCCAACGCGCCGAGACGAAACCUGCUUUUACCAGACUGCAGAGCCCUGCUCCGAGGACUUUUAUUUUUACAAAACCAGAAUUUGGGAUUUACUAGCGUUAUCUCUGCCCUCUCCUCUCCCUCGCUUCGCGGGGCUGCUGCCGCUGGGUUUCCACGCCCCCUGCCCACGCACCCACCUCGGCGUGGAGAACGCGCAGGGCAGGUCCCGCGCAGAUCCCGCCCAGAGCUCGCCCAUGCGGUGUCUGUCUGCCCCAACCCGGCCCUGAGCUCCUAGGCGGCUUCGCCCGGGCUCUAGCAGGGAAGAGGAUGGGGAUAAUCCAGAGGAACAGACACUCCAUCCCCCAAAUCGCAUGAUUGCUGGAAAAAAAGUAGAAACGAAACUUUCCUUGAAAAUGUUUUAAAUUAUCAGUCGACGGAGGACAGAGUGUGUGAGCCUUUGCCGAACAAUACGUAAGUUAUUGUUAUUUAUUGUGAGAUCAGUCAGUUCAUAGUGGGACAAAUAUUUUGAUCUUAAUAAAAAAAUAAUAACCCGA